CGUCGCUGUUUGACGCGCUGAGGAUGUGGUGGGCAGGAAACGCUGUGCAAGAGCAAAGCGGAGAGACGAUCACGCUUCCCAACAGCAAGGGUUUGCACAAUGCAGAGCGAUCAAAAUGCGCUUUAAUCCGCCACGCUGAUGUCCAGGAGAGGUCGGAUCUGGACUCCGCGGCCGUCGCAGAGGAUUUGUCGGCGUGGGGUUUGACUGCAAGCCGAGCGAGGGCAGCCUUCCCAGUCUGCUCGCUUUGAAAACAUCGGGGCUGGUCAGCGGGUGGGAGGGAGAGAGAGAGAGAGCGAGAGAGAGAGAGGAAGACUUCGUCGCGGAAAAAAGGAGGUGUCUUGCCUUUUUUUUUUUUUUUUUUUUUCCAUUUUCUCCCCCUUUACACCACCCACCCAGGCCAUGAGGGAGUACAAAGUGGUUGUUUUGGGGUCAGGAGGAGUCGGUAAAUCCGCGCUGACGGUCCAGUUCGUGACUGGCUCCUUCAUCGAGAAAUACGACCCCACGAUAGAGGAUUUCUACCGGAAGGAGAUCGAGGUGGACUCGUCCCCGUCCGUGCUGGAGAUCCUGGACACAGCCGGGACCGAGCAGUUCGCCUCCAUGCGCGACCUGUACAUCAAGAACGGCCAGGGCUUUAUUCUGGUCUACAGCCUGGUCAACCAGCAGAGCUUCCAGGACAUCAAGCCCAUGAGAGACCAGAUCAUCCGGGUGAAGAGGUAUGAGAGGGUGCCCAUGAUCCUGGUGGGGAACAAGGUGGACCUGGAGGGGGAGAGAGAGGUGUCUUCCGGGGAAGGCAAGGCGCUGGCCCAGGAGUGGAGCUGCCCCUUUAUGGAAACUUCCGCCAAAAAUAAAAGCUCGGUUGACGAACUGUUUGCAGAAAUAGUCAGACAGAUGAACUACUCAACAGUUCCCAGUGGCGGCGACCAGUGCUGCUCAUGUGUCCUGCUCUAAAAACAAACAAACCCAGAGACCACAUCCGGGCUGGAUUCGUGAUUCUAACUUGUCCUGCAGGCUUCUCUCUCUCUCUCCUCACACUGUUGUCUUAUUGUUGCACACAAACACAAAUCGACGUUGACAACAAUCGAUCAUGUAUAAUAGUCUGGAAAAAAAAAAGUGUUUACAUGACAAAGUUACUUGAAUGUUUUUGGGGAUUAUUUUUCUUUCUUUUAUAGCUUUGUAUAUGACACUUCUCUGGAAAUGUGCCUCAAUGGGAAUGUCUUAUUGUGAAACCUAAGAGACAUCUGCUUUUAUUUCCUGUUCAUUUUAGUGGGUUUAUUGUUCAGCUUCUGGGCCGGGGUCCGUCUGUCUUAGGGUGGUCAUAGUUGUGGGUUUGGUCAUUUUUUGGGGAUCUCUUUGGCUGAAAUUACAGAGCGGGAAACUUGAAAGUGCUUAAAAAAAUCUUACGCUCUCAAACGUAUCAAUCACCACUCAAGCCUUUGCACAGGUUCCUUAAAUCUGAUCAACAAAAAUGCAUUCCCCCCCCCCCAAAAAAAAGUCAUGACCCCACCCACUUAGGGACUGUAUUUGAAGCUGUGGACUGUAGUGGAUUUGUGUUUCAGAAUUCUUUUUUUUUUUUAGUUCCCCCCCUCUUUGGUGUGGUGAAAGUGGAUUUAUCAUGGAUCUUGCACUUAGCUGACGGUGUCCUUCCUCAGUGUGCACAAACGAGGACCUUAGUGCGUUGCUGUGGCUGCAUGGGGAACACCACAACCCCAUGUCAAGUGCCUUCCUAAGAAAAACUCUUGUGACUGUGCCAACCGAUGAGCCCUUCUUCCUCUGCAGUGUGUCUUGAUGGCAAUCAGAACUUCUUUUUUUUUUUUUUCCGCAGUUUUCUCGUUUCAUUUGGUGUCAAGUGAGAACAGCCUCUUCCUGGUGUACAGUCAGGAAGCUCCGCUGGUUGUCCGACCUGCUGAUUCAGGGGUCAGAGUCAGGCCAUUCCUCCAGGUACUAGUCCCAACAAGAUCAACAGAGUAUCUUUAACCUACCAGGGUUUUGGUUCAGUGAAUGGCAAGCCAUGUCUGUAUUAUCUAGAAUUUUGUUUUCCUUUUUAUAAAAAUGUGACUUUUUUUUUUGACUUCUAUUGUAAUUGUAAGUUUUCCUUUGGACAAAUCUUCUGCCAUCCAGCUGUCAGUUGAAUGACUUGUAAUACAAAAAUCAUUUUAA